UCAUUCUUCUGCCCGGAGUUUUGUGAGGUACCGGAAUGCUUUCCGGGAAAAGGCUGUUCUAAUUUAGUCUGAAACCGUCCCACUUUAGACUUUUUUAUGGUUAUCAAUCUAUAAGAAGAAUCUCCAAAUUGAUACAGCUGGAACCAAGCAGGCAAAUCAAUCGAUCAAGACUGUGAUUCGCUUGAAAAAGAAAUGGAGACUUUCAAGCUGACUGGGUAAAGUGACAAAGGAUUUUACGACGCAGUUGAAGAUUUGGAGAGUUAAAGAAACUUCUCCAGUUAUUCAGUAUUUUACACAUCGCCUCUUGGAAAUGGAAGUCUGAGAGCCCACUGAAGAAGACCUUCUCCUCGCAUCUAGAUCCGGAGCUGAUCAUGAACUUCAGCAUUCUACUGGGCAUGUCUGGCAGAAGAAACAGCAUCGAUUGAUUGAGGACAAUGUAUGUAAAAAUAUGCAAGAAUCACAGGAAACCCACAUAUCCAACCACCUAGAUGAAGUUGUCGCUGCUGUCAGCAUCAGUCCUAGAAAGAAGAUCCAGAACAAGCUGCCUCAGACAGUGCUAUUCCAGCCUCCUCGAGAGAAACUCCACCUCUGUGAAGAGAAAGCAAAGUCCUGUCUCAGCAGUCACCAAUAUAAACAGGCUACCCAGGAGCUUGCGCGCUGCAUAGCACUGACUAGGAUUUGCUAUGGCGACUGCCACUGGAAACUAGCAGAGGCCCAUGUUAAUCUGGCUCAAGGCUACCUCCAAAUGAAAGGAUUUUCACUGCAAGCAAAACAACAUGCAGAAAAGGCCAAAGAAAUCCUCACCGACUUCAUUGUGCCUCCUUAUAACGACAACACGGAUGUUUUCAAGUGUUCUGUAGACCUUUUCCACACCAUGGGGAGAGCCUUCCUUUCCCUUCAGAAAUUUAAGGAAGCCUCAGAGAAUUUGGCGAAAGCGGAGAGACUUUCAAGGGAGUUGCUGCAGUGUGGAAGGAUUAUAAAGGAAGAGUGGAUAGAAGUCCAAGCGCGAAUCAAAUUGUCAUUUGCACAGGUGUAUCAUGGUCAAAAGAAAUCACAAGAGGCUCUGCCCCACUACCAAGAGGCACUGAAAUACACGGAGAUCAGCAAAGGUGAAGAAAGUCUUGAGUACGUAUCCAUACUGAGGGAAUUAGCAGGUGCAGAGCAAGCGCUGGGAUUCCACGACACAGCCAUCAAUCAUUUCUUACAGGCUCACGUCAUCAUCCUGGGGAGAAACCCCUCUCAAGAGGAGGCAGCGGACUCCGCACACCUUGUCGCCCUUGCUGCUAUCGCUUCCGAGAGGCCCGAGCACCAUGAUGUGGCUGAGAAGUAUUUUCAAGAGAGCAUGGCUCAUCUUAAGGAUUCAGAAGGGGCAGGAACAGCCAAAUUUCUUGCAAUUCAAGACGAAUUUUGCCAUUUUCUACAAAUCACUGGACAAAAAGAGAGAGCAACCUUGAUCCUGAAGGAGUCCCUGGAAGCCAAAGUGGAAACAUUUGGCUAUUUUAGUCCUCAGGUGGCAGAGACUUACAGGCUCCUGGGAGGGGCAGACCUGGCGCAGGGGAACCAGAGCGAGGCCCACAAGAACCUGAAGAAGUUGUGCUGGAGAAAGAUGAUGGUAGCUUGCUCCAAGACAGUGGCCAGGGGAUGGAGCAAAGUCGUGGGGGAGUCGAGGGAUGGCAGGAAGGACAUAGAGCCCACGGCACUUGGCAACCUGGAGUGUCUUCAGAUUCAGACGCUCUUGUACGGACCACAGGACAAGAGGACCACGGCCACCCAGCAGUCGGUGGACGUCCUGUCCAAGGCACCCGAGAGCGCCGCAAAGCCAUGGCAGUCUCCAAAAGCCAAAGUGGCCUUCUGCUCCAGUGCCCCUCAGCGCACUGCCCCCGGGAAGGCUAGGCCCAACCUGGCAGACUGAAACUGCCACCCAUGCCCCAAAGAAAGCUUUGGGCAGGCUGGGGUGCUGCUGUACAAACCCCUCUCCAACCGGAAGGUGGAAUUUAACAGUCCUUAUACAGAUUUUCAAGGCUGGCUGUUUGAAUGUUCCACAGCAACACCAUACCCAACCCCACCCCCACAGGCCACAUUUUGACAGUGGAUACCCUUCAAGGUGAUCUUGGACUGCUCUGUGGAUUUUUGUCCUUCAGCACGACUAUGGCUGAAAGACUUCUCUCCAAGGUGCAACCCUCUGUGUGUAGGCAAGUAAACUGCGUGUGACUGUACAGAUAGCCCCUCGCAUGGGUCUGGAGUCAGAUUUGCAAUAGUAAGACUCUGGAAAAAGCCCUUUUCUUAUAGGAAGGCAACAGCAACUGAGAAUAAAGUGCCAAUAAAGAGAAAUUUGAAAGUA